AUGAUGUCCAGCUACCCGGAGCCCGAGGACGCCGCGGGGACCCUGCUGGGCCCGGACCCCGGCCGCGGAGGAGGAGGAGGAGGAGGAGGAGGCGGCGCCGACCCCGAGGCGCCGCCGUCGAGCCCGGGCAAAGGCGGCGGCGGGGUGGGCGGCGGCCCGGGCCCGGAGAAGCCGGACCCCGCGCAGAAGCCGCCGUACUCGUACGUGGCGCUGAUCGCCAUGGCGAUCCGCGAGAGCGCCGAGAAGCGGCUGACGCUGUCGGGCAUCUACCAGUACAUCAUCGCCAAGUUCCCGUUCUACGAGAAGAACAAGAAGGGCUGGCAGAACAGCAUCCGCCACAACCUCUCGCUCAACGAGUGCUUCGUGAAGGUGCCGCGCGAGGGCGGCGGCGAGCGCAAGGGCAACUACUGGACGCUCGACCCGGCCUGCGAGGACAUGUUCGAGAAGGGCAACUACCGGCGCCGCCGCCGCAUGAAGCGGCCCUUCCGCCCGCCGCCGCCCGCGCACUUCCCGCCGCCCAAGGGGCUCUUCGGGGCCGGGGCGCCGCCGGGCGGGCCCUGCGGCGGCGGCGGCGGCGGCGGCGGCGUGGCGGGCCCCGACGGCUACGCCGGCUACCACCUGGCGCCCCCCCCCAAGUACCUGCAGCCCGGCUUCCUCAACAACUCGUGGCCGCCGCUGCCCCAGCCGCCCUCGCCCAUGCCCGGCUACGCCUCCUGCCAGAUGGCGGCGGCCGCGGCGGCGGCGGCGGCGGCGGCGGCCGCGGCGGCCUCGGCGGGGCCCGGGAGCCCCGGGGCGGCGGCGGCCGCGGUGGUCAAGGGCCUGGCGGGGCCCGCCGCCGCCGCCGCCGCCUCCUACGGGCCGUACCCCCGCGUGCCGGGCAUGGCGCUGCCCCCCGGGGUGGUGAACUCCUACAACGGCCUGGGGGGCCCCGCCGCGGCCGCGCCGCCCCCGCCGCACCCGCCCCCGCCGCACCCGCACCCCCUGCACCCGGCCGCCGCGCCCCCGCCGGCCCCGCCGCCGCCGCACCACGCCGCCGCCGCGCCGCCCCCGGGGCCCCAGCUCAGCCCCGCCAGCCCCGCCACCGCGGCGCCCCCGGGGCCCGCGCCCGCCGCCGCCGGCGCGCCCGGCCUGCAGUUCGCCUGCGCCCGGCAACCCGAGCUCGCCAUGAUGCACUGCUCCUACUGGGACCACGACAGCAAGGCGGGCGCGCUGCACUCGCGCCUGGAUCUCUGA